UUACAAGAUUGUCUGGUUGUAGUUAAAUCUUUCAGUGUGAAUAAUUUUUUACAAUCUAAUGUUGAAAUCUGAACCUAAGGAAAGCAAAGGUAGCAGCAUGGAAGCUGGCGGCACCAGUGUCAAGAAGGUCAUUCUGCCUUCCAAAGUCUCACUGAGUUUUGCAGCCCAAACUACAAAUAAACCCCCUUACACCACUGCCAUAUAUGUGGGAUCAAAAAAAAUAUCAGAAACUUCAAAAGUUGAAGACUCGAAAAAUGCAUCAGCUUCUAAAGGACUGAAGGACAAUGAUAGAAAGUUGAAUUCAAAGUCAAGUACUGAGGUACCUGGGACCAAUCCAUCCAAUCGUAUUGAACUGGUCGGGUUCAAAAUGACCAAUGGAUUACCAGAAUCUUCACUGGCUACUGAGGAUUCUAAAAAACAGAAAUCCUGGACAGCCUCCAAAUUACCGCCAUGCCGUGUGUGUGGUGAGGAUACUUCUCCCAGGGGUCUCCACUAUGGGGUGAACACAUGUGAGGCUUGCAAGGCCUUCUUUCGACGAGUUCUGAAGCGGUCAAACCUGAAUUUCCAGUGCACAUGUACCCUGGAGGAGCGGCGUCUGGGCACUGACAUUCCAAGGAAGACCACUUGUCCCAAAUGUCGCUAUGAGCAAUGCGUUAAAGUUGGGAUGUCAAAAGAUGCCAUUAAAAUUGGGCGUUACACGAUCGGGCGCAAGAGACAGAAUGAUCGUGAGGUGCAGUCACUAGAGCAGGGCAAAGAAAGAGUGAACAGUGGCAGUUCAAUCAGCUUGGAAUCUCCCCAUAGCCAAGGUCAGUCUGUGAGUUCCCCAGAGGAGGUGUCUACUGACAUUGAAAACAUCAGUCUCACUGACAGGCCAAAGUCCCCGAACGUUCGUGCAGUAAAGAGACUGAAAAAAGAUGACAAAUACCAUCCCGAGACUGGUUUACUCUAUCAAUCACUUACAAAUAUCAUUCUCAACUCUCUUACUCAAAACCAGUCUUAUGCUGAUGGCUCAGCAAAUUCAGCAGCAGCCAGGGGAGAUGACUCUAACAAAAUGACAGCUGUGGAAAAGCUCUUCAUGCAGCCAUUCGAGAUGCCAUCCAGCAAUCAGUCAUCAAAUUCAGCCAUGCAGUUUGAUUUCACUUCACAAGGCAGCAAUUCAAAUCCUUUCAACUCAUACACUAAGGAUAUGGCACCUAAUCUCAUUCAGUCAUCAAGCAAUGUUGCUUUCUCUGACCAGCCUAAACAAUCUCCUAUAGAAAACUUGCUUAUGUCUCCACCAUCUGUUCAAUUGCCCUCGCAAACUGAUUUCUUUAGUGGGAUAAAACUUUCACCACCAAAUUCUAACCAGCCGGAACUUCCUGAUGAAAAAUCCUCUAUUGAAAGCCUUCUGCUUUCACCAUCGUCAGGUAUCUUAGCACAUGAAGUGUUAAUAAAAAAGGAGAGGAGAUUCUCAGAACAAACUGUUCCUACUGAUAGCCCAGAAUACAAUACCACAGAACCUUCUUUUGAUGAGACGUCUUUUCAUGGGAUUCACCCAUAUGAUGCAAUGAGAACGAAAAAUCCUGGCCUGCAUGAUGGUUAUGAAAUGGCUGAUAAAAUUCCAUCAUAUUUGCUGGAGAAUAAUAUGCUGGGAUCACCAAGCAUGGAUCUCUUGAAUGAAAAUGAGGCAGGGGAGCUGGACCUAUUCAAUGACGAUGAGCUUCUAAUAGCAGAGCUUAGCCAAGAAGACAUUGAAAUAGAAUUGAAGGAAUACGACAGGUACCAGGAGAUUUGCAAUUGCUGCACAAUGACAGCAGAAAUGAAGGAGUCGAUAAUUAAGAAUAUGACAGAUGUGGCCAUGACUCUUAUGACAAAGAUGGAGAUGGUAACUUGCAAUGAAAUCAAGAGGAGACAUGCUGAGUACUUGGAAAAAUACAACCUAAAACUGCAAGUGUUUGGUGAAAUGAAACUGUCGAAGGAGGAGUAUAUGUCGUUCUACAAGGAGACAGGCAUUGAUAUUGACAACAGGCUACAACUGGUAAUAGAGAUUCUUAAGCAUUUGGAAGACUCCAUUCACAAGAUUGUCACAUUUGCCAAAAGCAUUCCUUGCUUUACCAACAUUGACAUUGAAGACCAAGUGAUGCUUUUGAAAGCCACACGUUUUGAGCACGACAUGAUGAAGUAUUCGGGACAGAAGUGCAUUGUGUCCUCAUUGAAUGUGGCCACAGUACCAUGGGACAAGGAGUAUCAUCUCGAGGAACUGCAGAAAGUCAUGCCUGAAAACUUUGUCCAAGAAAAGGUCCGAAUGGCGAACAUGGUGUGCGACUUAGGGUUGACGGUGGAGGAAACUGUGGUUGUCCGAGCCUGUAUCAUAACAUAUCCAGACCGAGUUCCACUAAAAGAUCGACAGAAAGUGGUCGAGGUAAACGGCUGCAUGAUGUCGUGUUUGGAUUACCUUCUGAAGAAACGUAAGGAGGCCUAUGACCUCUCUCAGCUGCUGUUCGUGUUGGCGGAACUGCGCAAAAUGUCGGAAUGGGAACAGAAGUUUUUCCAAGGUGUAUUUGAGGUUUGGCCUGUGUCUGAAAGCCACAAGUUAGCGAAGGAGUUUGUAACAUAUUAGGUCAUCGUCAACUGAGACUUACAUGGCUUUGUAUGUUUGGUUAGAUGUUUAAGGUAUGUUAAAAGUUGGACUUGUGCAGCUUUAUAUGUUUGGUAUGGACAAUAUAGAUCUCUGUAAAUGAACAUUUGUAAUUGAUAGUUCUACAUUUAUAAUAUUCCAAAGGCACCUUAACAAAGGAGUCAAACCAGUUUGUAACAUUCUUGGUCUGUGCACUUUGUUUUUGUCCCACCUAUAUCUAUGUUUGACAUAAGGAAAUAGUCUCAUUAGAGCAUUGGUGUGUUAUACUAUAAGUUGUAAAUAUUAUAUAGUAGUAAAUAAUUGUUGUAAUUGUAAGGAUGAAGGGUAUGUUACAGAUUGUAAUUUGUUAACAUAGAUUAGUCUGGUCCUUUGUAGGCAAUUCUAAGUUAAUAGUUUUACACCGAAGACUAUGCAUCGGAUAAUCAGGAUAUUUCAAAAGUGUUUGUUACAAUCUUGGUCUGCUAGAAUUAUGUGUCUUGCACAUACAUCUGCUCUUUGGUUAUUUAAUCACUAUAAAAGGACUGUAAUACGAUUUUAGUCUACAUAAUUUGUCAUUUUGCUAGAAUCAUUUUGAUAUAUGAAGAAUACGUUCUUCUAGAAAACUUUUCAAAUACUUAACCCAUUUAUGCCUUUGGCCUUUGCAAACAGCUUAGACCCAGAUGAGACGCCGCAUGAUGUGGAAUCUCAUCAGGGUCUGCACUGUUUGCUUAAAGGAAUUUCUGUAAGAAAUAUUCUAAAUAUAGAAAUAAAUAUACUGGACAUCCCUAAUUAUGGAAAUAAAUUGAUCCAAUUUAGAAGGAUGGGAGAGUCCACUUGCCAUAAAUGGGUUAAUAGAUAAUCUUCAUGUGAAUGUUUCACAAAUUGACUUACAUUUUUGUACUUUUGCUUUUGCUAUGUAGAAACAGCAUUGCUUUAUGACUUCAAGGUAUCAAAGUGCUACAUACUGUCCGUUGGUUCUUUGAAUCAUGGCAUAUAGAAAACCCAACAUUCAAUAAAUUAUAAAUGCUGCUUAUACCACAGUUUGUCCAUUUUAUGUCUUGUACACUUGUAUUUUGUAAUAUUGAUAACAAAAUCGGGGAAUUAAUUCUUUGGUUUUAUUGUGAUUGUCAACACGAAAUGACAUUAUAGUCUUAACCCUUUCAGUGCUGGAACCGAAUUUAAAAGGCCUUUGCAAACAGUUUGGAUCCAGAUAAGACACCACAGAACAUGGCGUCUUAUCAAGAUCCAAACUGUUUGCUAUUCUGAAAGUAUUUGUUGAAAAAAAAAUCGACGAAAAUGCUAUUUUUAAAAAUUCAGCAGACAACAUUAAAGCAGACAUGCAAAGGGUUAAAAGACUGUAAGGUAUCUAAUGGACCUUCCAUGAGAACUUUGAGACGACUUAAACAUUUGUUAUGUGAGUUUUAUUAACAUUGUUUUAUGUUGUUUGUAAGUUCAUGAUCAGUCAUCUUUUAUUUCUUUUAUUCUUUAUAUUCACAUUAUUUAAAAAUUUGUUUUAUGAUAGAUAUAACUGAAGUUGUUGUAUGUUUUGUAUAUUUUUACUUCUUUUGACUGAAAAGAGUAUCUUUGUACUGUUUUUUUCUAGUCCCAGAUGAACCAAAUAGUCCAAUAGUGCGUGGUAAACAUUGUGCAUUACCUUUUGUGUGCUGAUUUCCCAAUUGAUCAAUAUGAUACUAAGCUUUUAUGCACUUGAGUGAUGGAUUUGCCAUUAAGGUUAAAUAUUGUGAACCCUUUUGAAAGAAUUGUUAUGCGAUGACUUACAUGAACUUAGAUAAUCGAAAUUGUGUUUUUACAUUUAAAACGAUUGUAUGUAAGAU